UGUUGCCAAAUUUAUUAACAACCCUCAGGUGAUCAGCUGUCAAUUAUCACGAACUGUCAUUUGUGCAAUUUAAGCGUAAUUAAUAAAAGAUUUUUAGUUCUAAAUACAUUGACCAAUAAAUAAUUAAUAACAUAAUUUACGUUUUGAAACGUCGAGGACCAGAGUAAGGAACAUAUUGUUUGAAUAAAAUCGAUAUUUUACACUAAUUAACUAUGGAAAUGGAGAUAAUAAUCACCAUAUUGAUUUGCUUGCUUUUGAUAGUAGGAUUUUUCAUGCGCGGUUGGUGUUGCAAAACAUCAGAAGAUAAUUCUGUCUGUGUGAAACCGAGAAGGAGCAGUAGAACUCCUUCUAUUAGGAGGUCCAGUCAAAAAAGUUACAGUUACAGAAAUCGUUCGGGGCUGAAUCCCUAUUUGAUGUAUGUUUUUGGAUUUGGAUGUUACGAAUGACUGUUGAACACAAUGGUAGUCAUGUCAGUUACGAUUAUUACGAAGAACUUCUUCGUACGAGGCCAUAUUCGAGAAAACUAGAAGAAGGUACGAAAACCGGCAACGUCGGAAUGUUUUUUGCUAGUUAGACCCAACAGAGUGACAAUGACUUAUGACAGGUAAAACAAGCAAUCAGAAGAAGCGAACCGAACCCAAGAGAAGAGUAGUAGAUUGUUAUUUUCAUUUAUUUUAGUUUAGUUAGUAUAACAACAACAUCAUGGAUAUCUUCAUGCCUUUAGCUUUGUGUGUUAUUUUUAUAAUUUUGUUUACAAUAUGCGGUUGGUGUUGUAAGAAAAAGCAAGAAGGAACAGUAACGGGAUGUAAGUAUUAUAUUCCUUAUACUAUUGUUUUAUUGCCAGUAGUUAAGUUAGUAAUUACAUGUUCCUUAAGUAGAUUGCAGACAAACCUUAAUGCAAAUUUCUAUAUUAUUUAAUUACAUUUUAAUCGCCAGUUUGUUUUUGCAUGCCUAAAUCCCUAAAGCUAAUUACUGAUAAGUUUCUGUUUGCCUAAUUUGCUAAUGUUUGGAUAAAGAUCGUUUAUUACUGGGAAUUAAUUCUAUUAUUAAUGAAAAGGAAUGCUCACUUUACAACGUCACUUUACAAUUUGUUGUUAAGGUGAUGUUUGACAGCAAACAGUUGACAGUUCCUGUCAUUUGUCACUAUCUAGAUUCUCCUCCAAAUUCGAAUAUCGAUCGGACUUUUAACGGGGUCCUCGUUCGUUAUAAAUAAUGAAAAUUCCAAUGCGUUAUUGCACAAAAAUGUCCACAUGACGAACUUCUUGUUCAACAAUUUAUUACGGGUAUUUUGGCAACAAUAAAAGGUGUUUCUAUUGAACAAUGUCUCAUCACUUGAACAGUAGUCAAACAUGGUCAUCUGUGAUUGUUCUGAUUUGUUUGUGCCUCGCAUUUUUAUUUUUGCUCUGCAAAUGGUGCUUCAAAGCGAGGAAACGAAAUAGUAAGUACACUAUUGCACCAUUUAUUUGUUAUUAUUAUUUUAACAGGAAAUGCAAAAAAUAGAGUAAAAAUAUAGACAUUUGUCCAAUUGACAGCUCAGUUAAAGUACCUGUGAAGUACCUAGGGAAUUUGAUUUAUGAUAUCAUAUUUUUAGUUUCUUGUUUUAAUCGAUUAGUGUUACAAAUGAGUUAAAUUUUCUUUAUUUUUGGGGUAUUUUUUCAAUUUUAUCAAAAAUUUAGGAAAUAUAUCGAGUAACACUUUACAGAGAUUAAUAGCGCACUCAAAUCAUGCCUCAUUCCCAAAUUAUCUUGAAUAAACUUAUUUCAAAACUAAUAUAAAACUUCUAGACAGUCUUAUAAAUGGUUCUGAACUUCCCUAGUCUAUCCUGAACAGUUCUAAAAGGUUCUGGAUAGUUUCUAAAUGAUUCUGGAUCGUUUCUAAAUGAUUCUAGACAGUUCUAGACGGUUCUGAACUACCCUAGUUUAUCGUAGACAGUUCCAAAUGGUUCACUUAAAAAAUGCCUGAAAUUAAUAGAAAUCCAAUCAAACCCCAGCAAUACCUAACUUAUAACGCAGGCGCUUAAUAUACGCAAUAAAAUAUUCAUACAAAAUACCGGAACCACAGUCACACUGUGGUUAUAAUGUGGUAUACUGUGUGUUAUAAUGUGGUAUAACCAUAUUAUAUUAUGCCGGAACUAUCAAAGCUUAAUACAGCUAUACAUUCACUACUGCAUUGACUCAGACCUUUAUCGCGUUAACUUCCUGCUAACAAUUACACCUGCCCUGCAAAUCGCCCCCUAUACUGAAUGAAAUGUCCGCGCUCCGCUGCUUUGCAUAACGGUUUUAACAUUUUUGAUCUUGUCGUUAUUUCAUUGAAUCGAAUCGAGGUUUCGUGACGAGCAUGGGGCAUGCGUGCAUCCAAAAAAAACAUUUCUGUUUAGUACCAUGCGAUACCGUGGUUGGAGUAUCACUAGAUUCUUUUUGGUGUCUGUUUACAUUCCAACAGGGAACUAACACGUUUCCGACUAAGGUGAGAAUGAAUUUAGUUUCGAAAUGAAGCCUUUCAGUACCUAUUGGGGCGUGUAUGUAAUCGGUGUGGGUAUCGUGGUGUUAACGUUUUGCGUUUUUUGCGAACUGUUAAGGACGAAGAAAAGAAGAAGGAGCAUGCGAAGGAGAUAUAUUCGUAAGUGAUGUUAUAGAAUUAAUUAACGCGUCGAUUAUUAUAGCUUAAUUCUUGUGUCAACUUGUUUUCGCUAUUGGUUUUAUGGGUUUAAGUACGUGACUCACGUCGGGAUUAAAUCGGUGUAUAAAAGUUGCGAAAUGUUUGAAUGCGUUGAAACGUAUCCUUUUAUCUUUUUUUUCGGAGGAUUAUUAAAAUUAUGCUUCAGUUUUUUAAGAAUUCUUCUGCGGUGAAGUAAACGUGUGGGAAUAGUUGGGUUUUCCUCGAUUGGGAACUGAAACGCUUGCUCAUGCCGUCAGAAUUGUAGAUAUUAAUAAUCGUUUGUUAAUUGUGGGUAAAAAUCAUUGAGUGGCCAGUUCACGAAGAAUAAGUAGUUUAGUUUUGUUAGAAUCAUGUUCGGGAAGGAUCCGUGGCGCGUUGAUAACGAUAGUGACGACGACGAUGGAGAUAGUUGGCACCCUAAACAUUUUUUUAACGGUGAUAAUUGGGGUAAAAACCACGAACACCAUUAUAAUCACCACGAUGAUGAUGACGACGAUGAUGAUUUUGGCGUAAACAUGAAUAUUUACUACAUCGUUAUUAUCGCCGUUGUUGUGUUUAUCCUCAUUUUUAUCGUGUUCUGUUUCUUGCCAUGUACGCGGAGGAAAUUUCAGAAGAUGUGCAAGAAAAAGAACGGACCCACUGUACAAACAACAAUAACCCAACACCAUGCGCCCAGUCCACAGGUGAUACCGCCCUAUCCGAUAGAUGCCCGACAUCCCACGCCGGCGCCCCACGCCCCGAUGACCGGAUUUAAUACGCAUCAACCGCCCUAUCCGACGCACACCCCCAACAUGCCUUUCCCCCAAGGUCAAGGGUCUUAUCCCGUGACGGGGCAGACGCCCUACCCUCCGGCUCCCUACCAAUCGAACGACUACAGUGCCAAUCCGCCGCCAUACGAUGUGGCCGUCGCCCAACCGCCUAUCCAGCCACCGCCCGCCAAGGACGGUUACGGCAAACAGGCCCCGUACAAUCCUUCGUACAACUAGAACUCGAACUGUUAUUCGAUUUUUUUUUAUUAUAUUUUUUGUGUUCUUAUAUCGAUGUACGGGAAACACGGCGUUUAAUAUUAUUGAAGAGGAUGUUUUGUAUGUAGAAAUACCGGAAGUAUAAAUGAAGAUUUUGUAGAUUUCUUAGAUAGGUUAGCAAAGUACCCAGCUAGAUGGAAGAUUAUUGUUAAAUUGCAUCUAUUUUGGUACAAUGAAUUCGUGUAAUCGGGACCAUUUCAGGUAGAAAGUAACCGGUGGGUUAAUAACUGGUUAACCCUCCUCUACUCAUACCUACUUUUACCCUUCUCUACCUCAACCUACCUCAUUCUAGCCUCAUCUACCACUCCUUACCUCAUUCUACAUUCUUUUACUUCUACUUUCCUCCCAACCUUCUAGUCUCCUCUACCCCUCUCUACAUCUUCCUAUCCAUCCCUACUAUCUUCUACUCUAUCCAUGAAAUCUCUAAAGUCUUCGCUUGCAUUUCUGGUAGUUCUUCUAUAUAGUUAUAUAAAUAUUGUUCGUAUUGUUAUGUGUAAGAGAAAUUACGCGAAAUGGCGCCUUCGACGGCUGUGCGAGCUUCAAUAAUGUUAAAUAUUCUUAAAUGUUUAGAUACUAUUUUGAUCGAUGAGGUGGUUGAUUUUUGAGAAUUCGGCUCGAAAGGGCGCGAAGGUAUUGAAUGAUCGCCUUGUCGAGAUCGUUUUUGAUACUCGUUUUAAUGUUGUUUAGUCGAUGAUACGCAUUUAAACAAAUAAUAAAUUGUAUUUUUAUAAUAAACAGUUCGUAUUAGAGUGGAAACGAAGCCAAAUUUGCAAACUAAUCAUCCGUAAACGGACAGUUUUAUGUAAUUAACUCGGCAAUAAUAAAUCUUAAACCUUCUGUAAUCAAGGUAAUCCGUGCGAUAUUGGCUCUUAACCGUGAAGAACACUUAAAAUGGAUAUUUUCUAUGUUUUUUUUUGGUGUUCUGUGUAAACCCGAACAAUAAUUUAUUUUUUAAUGCGCAACAGAUAAUACCUCAUGAAAUUCAAUUUCCUGGCGUGGUAAUCCCAAUCCAUCAUGUCGGGUAAAUUUGUACAUCUUAACUUAAGAAUCUUAUCGCAAAUAUCUCUGAAUAUUAGCGGAAACGAUUUGAUAGAUGAUUUUAUAGAUCGGAUGCGCAUUGAAUGAAUAUUAAAUAUCGAAUGGUUUUGGUUUUAAAAAUCGUCGCUUUUGAAACAAUUUCAUUUGGAAUUACACGUUGGUAACAUUCCCUUUUGUAAGUGUAACAUUCCUCUAAUAAAUCGAUAGGAAAUGGAAUGUUUUUUUAUUGAAAGAAAUUUCGUACUUAUUUCUGAUAAAAAGCGGCGAUUUUAAAUUUUCUUACAAAUUCAUUAUUUAUGUUAUGCUUCUUCAAUGUGAUAAAAUAUGCUUAAGAAUACCUACGUUAAGUGUACAUAAACCAGUUUUUAAUUAUGAUAAUAAGGUUCAAAUUGUUUUGCUAAUUACUACUUAAAAAAGAUAUAUUUUAUAUGUAUGUAAGACUGUAUUGUAAAGGAUAUGAAUAAAAUUGUCAACCAA